AUGGCGACAAGCGGGGCAUACAUUGACAAAGGUCCUUCUAUAGACUGGAGCACGGAUGACAACAUAUAUGGCCGCUUUAAAAUGUGGAAGCAAAGAUGCGAACUGCUACUCACGGGCCCGAUGGCAACAAUGUCAGAAGAAGUGAAAUGUAAACAUUUGUUAUACUGGUCUGGCGAACGUGGCAUGGAGCUAUUCAACAGUUCGGACUUGUCAGCAGAAGAUCAGAAAAAGCUAGUCAAUUAUUGGGAGAAAUUUGAAAACUACGCAAAGCCGCAUUCAAAUGAACUGCUUGCAGUUUGGGAACUGCAUAACCUUCGGCAAGGUAUGUUAUCUCUUGAAGAUUUUAUCACUAAACUAAGGAUUCUCAUUAAAGAAGCAAACUACCCAGCCGAACACUAUGAUCGAUUCCUUAGAGACUUCUUAGUCCUCGGAAUUAAUUCUGACCGUGUUCGAAAAGAUUGUUUUAAGGAAGGGAACACCCUGACAUUUAGCAAAGCCAGGGAAAUGGCAAAAACCGAUGAGUCGGCAGAAAGACAACUGCAAUUAAUGAAUGCUAGUGAAGUAAAUAACAUUGCAUCAAUUAGGGACAAAAGAUAUCAAAACCGAAGAAAUCAAGUUAGACAUAACCCUAGGUCUGGGCAACAGUGUAGGAACUGCGGUCGGGGAUCACAUUCUCAAGAUCAGUGUCCUGCCAAAAACAUGACAUGCCACUACUGUCAGAAAGUAGGACACUUUGCUAAAGUAUGUUUGGCAAAGUUAAGGAAUAAGAAUGUACAUGAAGUUGAAGCCCUUGCUGAUAAUAUACAACAAAAUCAGCUGCAAUCACCUCGUGUGGGAGAGGAACAAUUUGUAUUCCUAGGACCAAUUGUUGCCACACCUUUGGCUGCUCAAGUGCAUAGUGUGUCAUGCAAGGAGAAAGCAUUAUUAGAAGUUUCUAUUUCCCUGAAUAAUGAAGGGAUGCAAUCGCAUGUUGUAUGCAAAAUAGAUUCUGGUGCCGAGACAAAUAUUUUGCCCAUGUCCAUAUAUCAACAGUUGAAACAUGAAUCACAUAAGUUAGGAAAGCCUACAAUGAAAUUGACGGCUUAUGGUGGGGCUGAACUACCAAACCUGGGAUCAUGCUUUGUCUUUGUAAAGGUACCGGAUAUCCAGAAAUUAUGGAAAAUCCAGGUGCAAGUUGUUGAUGUUAAUGGCCCUAUGAUAAUUGGCAAUAAGUCUGCACAAAAUUUGGGUCUCUUAAAGCUCAAUUGGGCCAUUUAUGUUGGGAAUUAUGAUAAUAGCUUUGACAGACACAUCAGUAACACCAGUGCCACCACCAGUAACCAACCCAGCAGUAACCAUCAACCACCAGUAUCAACAACCAUGUCUCAUCCACCGUUAUCGACCGCCAGACCACCACCUAAAGUAUCGGCCAAGCAACUCAACAGUACCACAACUAGCCUCCUUGAUGAUAACCCUCCAGAUGUGCGGGGGAAACGUCCUUUUCCACUAACCAAAGAGUAUCUUUUAGAGGAGUACUCGGAUGUGUUUACAGGAGUCGGUUGUUUUCCUGGAGACCCAUACCAUAUUGAAAUGAUUCCUGAUGCAGUUCCUGUACAACAUGCCCCCAGACAAGUGCCAAUUCCAUUGCAAACACCAUACAAAGAUGAGCUGGACAAGUUAGUAGAGUCUGGGAUUUUAAGCGAAGUCCAGAAUGAAUAUACCCCAUGGGUCAAUUCAACCGUAGUUACACAAAAGCCCAAUGGAACCAUUCGCCUAUGUUUGGAUCCUCGCGAUCUUAACAAAGUGAUCAAGCGGAACCCAUACUAUGUGAGAACCAUAGAUGAUGUCAUACCAAAAGUCAGUGGUGCAACCCACUUCAGUAUCCUAGAUGCACGUUGUGGAUAUUGGCAAGUCGAACUCGACGAAGAGAGCAGUCGUCUGUGCACUUUCAACACCCCAUGGGGCAAGUACAGAUGGAACAGAGUCCCAUUUGGACUCACCUGCAGUGGUGAUAUAUUCCAAGAAAAGAUGGAUGCGACUUUUGGUAAAUUAGAUGGCUUAAGUGGGAUUGCAGAUGACACCUUCAUCUAUGGAAAGAAUGAAGCUGAGCACGAUCAACGCAUAAUCGACGUCCUUGAAACCGCAAGAAAGAACAAUGUACGAUUCAACCCAGAUAAAUUUCAGUUUAAAGUAGAAGAAGCAUCGUUUUUGGGCUAA